AUGUGCGCCGAGCCCCUGAAACCCUUCCCUUUGGACCUUUGUCGUGGCCAGGUGCACGGCGAAUCUCAGCCCGUGGCUUACAUCCCAGCUUCUGUCGCGACAGACCAGGCUGUAGAGCAUUCCCGCGACGAAGCUGUCACCCGCUCCCACCGAGCUAAUGGCAAGGACGUGUCAGCUGCUGCAGUGCCUCGAAAGCUCCGUGCUACGAGCACUCGCAAAAAACUAGUCCAAGGCUUGAGGGUGCGAUGCCGUCGAGCCAAAUGGGGAGGGCGGCAUGGGGCACCCGAACAAAGAGAGACCUCGCGCUGGGGUAACCUACUCAACGACCGAAAUGGACUUGUCACGGCUUUCGACGGGACAGUGGACGAUCUGCUCAGGCGACUGGCACAUGGCGGCUCCCUCCGCACCCCAAGUGCAUACGAGUAG